AUGACUUUCCAGGUGCAAGAGGUCCCCGUCGAGGGAAUCUUGGAAAUGGUCACUGCGGAGAGAAAUGCCUUUGAAACACCGCCGCAGCCUAUUUUCAAGCUUUACUGUCCGAUAACCGAUAACGACCGUGCAAAGACCAAUGCUGACACUGCAGCUGAGCAGCAACGUUUUGUCCAAGAGUCUGCUCCAAACGUGAGCGUGAAAAACAUCUGGAUCAAGGCAAAAGCAACCUCACCUGGUUCUUCGGAGACUAAUGAAGAACUUGCUGGCGCCGCCCAGUGGAUAUUCACCGUUCCGGGCCCAAGCCCAAGCCUAGAGACAAAGACCGAGCAUCUUGCCCGGCGUCAUCCAGAAGGAGGCGCCAGAAUUUUCGCAGCAGAAGCUUUUCGAAUCCUCUGCGAAUGUAACGAAAGACAUAGAUUGUCGACGCGUCCACACCGACCUUACGCGACGUUGGGCACUUUCUUCACCAUGCCUCAGUACCGCCGACGAGGAAUCGGCUCGGUGCUUUUAGAAUGGGGUCUGCGUCAAGCAGACGAGAAGCAAAUGGACAUUUGGAUUGAAGCGGCUCCGUCUGCGGUGUCUGUCUAUGAGCGUCAUGGAUUUGUCCAGAUGGAGGUUAUUCAUCUGAAGCCGCGUUGUCCAGAUGGCCUCCCCGAGACUGUCAGGGCCGAGUGGGAAGCGGUGGAAAAGUCAAUCCUACCUGUGACUGCUGUUGUCAUGUGUCGGCUGUCGAGAUUGACUUCAUAG